ACGUUAGGAAGACGUUAGCCGCCGCGCGGUUGAGUAGAAUGGCCUGAAGUGGAAGUGUGGCGUCGCGCCGCACGCUCACUGCCUCCGUGCGGUCAACUCAAAUCCAAGAUUAAUGGCACCCUCCCUCCCUCCAGAGCUCACAGAUCACAUUAUCGACUACCUACACGACGAUUCCUGCGCUCUCGCAGCCUGCGCAUUGACUUGUCGCCAAUGGCUACCAGCAGCGCGCUAUCACUCCUUCGGUGCCGUCACUCUCGUCCCUCACAGAUGUGAGACAUUUGCAGAGCUGAUUGCGGUGUCCCCGGAGCUCGCGCUGGCGGUCCGUUCAGUCAAGCUACGCAGCCUCGCGAACGGAUCGCGAGUGUGGCAUCGCGCUGACUUGUCGUUCCUCACGGCGCUCACCGCUGCUACCGAUUUCUUCCUGGACACCAUGAGAGUUGGCGACACCGUGCACGAAGCCUUCGUGCAAGGCCUCUCCGCCGUCCGACGCUUAACCGCCCAUAACUGCUGGUUCGCAACCCUGUACGACUUCGCGGCGCUUGUAUCCUCGUUUCAGUGUCUCGAGUUCCUGUCAAUGUCAAUUCUAAUUGACGACCCUGAUGCUCGUGGACCACCGCUCCCGUCCCUGCCAGAUAGACUACAAGUGAUAGAGCUCGGAGACCUGGAGUGGGACCGCAUGCCUGCGGCUGCAUUGUUCGAAUGGAUCAAGGACGUCCCGAAUCCCCAGCAAUUGGUCGGCAUGUCUUGCCAUGUUAUCUGGGAAGUCUGGCCGACGCAAGCCAUCUUGGCCAUCUGCGGGUCGCAUCUACAGCACUUCGAGCUAGUCAUCAAGACUGAAGGGUCUCUUGACAGAAUAUUGGGCAAGGCGGGUUUCUCGCUGUCCGAAUGUACGAGCUUGCAAACAUUCACGCUCCGUCUAUGGCUCGCCGAGAUGUGCGUCCCGGAGAAUCAGGACCUCCUCUGGAUUCCAAGACUGUUCUCUCAGUUGCACGCUCCUCACCUGCACCAAAUCACGCUUUCACUGCACGUCGACGACAUGAUGGACCUGCGCACUCUGGCGUCAGAGAAUGCAGUUCGACAACUGACCGAGGCCAAUCACGCUGAUCUGACAGCGUUGGACUGGGCGAGCAUGCACACGACGCUUGCCCGAGAAGACUUAUCUUCCCUUCGCAAAUUUGUCAUUGAAGGCAGAGGACCAACAGACGCCUUAGAGGCAUACAUUGAACACGAGUACCCCGAGCUGCACCAGCGUGCAGUGAUCGUGCUCGCAUGAGCAUGCGCAUACGGUGA